AAAAAAAAAGAAAGGAUAAAAGACAAUGGAUUCAAUCUCUUGCCCUUAAUGACUGGAACGUCUCUUACCUUCAUCUCAUCUGUCUUUCACAUUCAUCUUCAAUGAGUUCUCCACAAAUUUCAUGGCUCCUUGGCCUCCUCUAUGUUUCUGUUCCAUUCGCCAUUGAAAAAGUUCUGGUUUGCGGCCAAUGUCUUGUGGAUCAGAGAUCUCUGUUGCUCCAGCUGAAUCAAAGCCUCUCCUUCUAUCAGCGUCCCCAUUCCAUUGAUUCAAAGCUUGCAUCUUGGAACACAAGCACUGAUUGCUGUUGUUGGCCGGGCAUCACCUGCGACAGAGAUUCUGGUCAUGUUAAUGGUCUCGAUCUCAGCAGAGAAUAUAUAUCCGGAGGAAUAGACAACUUAAGCAGCAGUCUAUUUAAUCUGCAGUAUCUCCAGAGCUUGAAUUUGGCUAACAACAACUUCAAUUCUACGCCAAUUCCAUCUGGGCUUGUCAAACUCGUAAAUUUGACCAACCUCAAUUUGUCCAACGCGGGUUUUGCGGGCCAAGUUCCCAUUGAGAUCUCACGUCUGACGAUGUUAGACUCUCUUGAUAUCUCUAUUAGUUUGCCUGGACUGACUCAAUUAAGACUUGAAAAUCCGGAUCUCAAAACUCUUGUUUGGAACCUCUCAGGAUUGAGGACACUGCGACUUGAUGGGGUGAAUAUAUCAGCGAAGGGCACUCAAUGGUGCCGGGCCUUAUCCUCUGCACUGCCUAAUCUGCAAGUAUUGAGCUUGUCCAAUUGUUACCUUUCAGGUCCGCUAGAUUCUUCACUUUCUAAACUAAGUUUGCUUUCUCAUAUUAAUCUCAACCAGAACAAUAUAUCUGCUGAAGUGCCAAUAUUCUUCAAGAAUUUCAGUAACUUGACUUCACUGCAUCUCAGUUCUUGUGGGUUAUAUGGGAAAUUCCCGGAAAGAAUUCUUCAGUUGAGGACCCUUCAAAGCCUCAUUGUUUCAGUGAACCCGCUUCUGCAUGGUUUUCUGCCAGAAUUUCCUCUGAACGGAUCACUUCGGACCUUGGUACUCUCUACCACUAGCUUUUCGGGUUCAUUACCAGAUUCUAUAAGCCGUCUUAGACUUCUGUCCAGAUUUGAGCUUAUGAGUUGCAGCUUCAAUGGAUCAGUUCCAUCCUCAAUUAUAGAGCUCAGCCAGCUCCAUUCUUUGGACUUUUCGCUUAACAACUUCACUGGCUCUAUACCUCCAUUGCCUGAAACUCUAACCCAAGUAAAUCUUGCCCAUAAUAGUUUCAUAGGUCCACUUCCAGAUUCUGCUUGGAAGAGGCUUGUAAAGCUUGUGAAUCUCGACUUGAGGAAUAAUUCACUCAAUGGAGAGAUACCAUGUUCACUCUUCACCUUGCCAACACUGAAGAGAUUACAAUUAGGCCAAAACCAAUUUGCUGGCCAACUCAGAGAAUUUCCUACUUCAUCUUAUGCUCCGUUGGAAAACAUAGAUCUGAGUGGCAACAAAAUUGAAGGGCCAAUUCCAUUGCCAAUCUUUGAAUUCUCAGGUCUUCAAGUUCUCGCACUCUCUUCCAACAAUUUCAGUGGCACUAUUGAGCUUGAGAUGAUUCAGAAACUGCAGAACCUUACCUAUCUCGAUCUUUCCUACAAUAGCUUGCUGAUCAAUGCUACUGUUUGUAAUUCUAAAUCAUUAUUCCCCCAGAUCCGCACACUGAAAUUGGCAUCCUGCAACCUGCGAGGCUUCCCUGAUUUUUUAAGGCGAAUCCAGCCAACAUUGACUAAUCUAGACCUUUCCAAUAAUCAAAUUCAUGGGGAAAUACCCACCUGGGUUUGGAAAAUUGGUAAUGGGUCUCUUACUUAUUUGAACCUUUCUUUUAACUUCCUCAACAAUCUGGAGCGACCUUUGCCUGAUCUGAGUGAUGGUUCAUUGGCUGUUCUUGACCUUCACUCCAAUUUGCUCCAAGGACCAAUCCCAGAUCUGUCAUCAUCCCUCACAUAUUUGGAUUUAUCCAAUAACAGCUUCCAAUCCACCAUCUCAUCUAAUAUCGGUCAUUGCCUUGUCUUCAUCAUCUUUCUCUCUCUCUCGAGCAAUAAUCUCACCGGAGAAAUCCCUCAAUCAAUAUGUAAUGCUGGUUAUCUUCAAGUUCUUGAUCUGUCUAACAACAGCUUGAGCGGCACAAUCCCCUUAUGUUUAGCUAACAUGAGCACUCUGACGGUACUGAACCUACGGCGUAACCACUUUGUUGGCCACAUUCCUCAAGAUUUUCAAGUUGGUUGCAGUCUAAGGACACUGGAUCUCAGUGUGAAUAGAUUUGAAGGAAAAUUACCUGCAACACUAGCCAAGUGCACAAAGCUAGAGGUUCUCAAUAUUGGGAACAACAGAAUAAAUGGCACAUUUCCAUUCUGGUUGGUAAAUUGUACCGACUUACGGGUCCUUGUUUUGCGCUCCAAUAGAUUUAGCGGACCCAUUAAAGGUGAAGGCAAAAAUAAUACUUUUCCAAAGCUGCAAAUUGUAGACUUCUCUUCGAAUAAUUUCACUGGUAAUCUUCCCCUUGAAUGCUUUAAGAAAUGGAUAGCAAUGAUGGUUAACGAGGGUGAAACGGAGUAUUUGAUUAAGCAUGAGACAUUGAGAGUCAGGUUCCUAAAAUACAGUCAAAUGUACUAUCAGGAUACAGUGACAGUUACAAUCAAAGGGCAUGAAAUGGAGUUGAUGAAGAUCCUAACCGUCUAUACGUCCAUUGACUUGUCAAAAAAUAGACUCCAAGGGGAGAUUCCAAAUGAGAUAGGAAACCUCACUUCUCUCUAUUUUCUUAAUUUGUCACAUAAUGCUCUAACUGGUCGAAUACCAUCAUCCUUGGGGAACCUGAAACAGCUCGAGUCAUUAGACCUUUCAACCAACAAUUUAGGAGGAGAGAUCCCUCAGCAGCUGACAAGCCUAACAUUCCUUUCGGUCCUGAACCUCUCUUGGAACAACCUUACCGGGAUGAUACCGAAGGGACCUCAAUUUCAGACAUUUACAGAGACUUCCUUUGAAGGGAAUGAAGGCUUAUGUGGAGUCCCCUUGUUGAGAGACUGCAUUGACAAUAGAACAGCAUUAGCAGUACCGGCAAUAUCGAGCAAAAAACACCGUCAAUUGUUUGGGUAUGAUUGGCAAAUCGUACUGAACGGAUUUUUUGUAGGAUUUGGUGGGGGAGCGGGAUUGGUUGUCGCGUUCUUCUUCUUUUCAAAUCGAGGAAGGAAAUGGUUGUUGGCCCGCUAAUAAAAAAUGGGAUCCUUACUCACCAUUGUCGAUCCUAAAGAGGUCUGUGAUUCCACAGAGAGUGCAGUGGAGAGUAGCUUGGCAAGCACUGGCCAUUUUAAUAAGCUAUAUAUUAGUGUCACUUCUAUCUUCAGCAUGGUUGUACUUCUCAUUCUUGCAUGUAACCUAUAUAUUAGUGUCAAUGAAGAAGCAUUUGUUAUCAAAGAAAAAAAAAAUCAAGAAGCACUCACGCUUGAUGCUACUAUAAUUGAUUUACAUGUAUUUACUGUUACAUGGUGUGGCUUACCAUUCCAGAAACACCCCACAAUUUUCUUGCUCUUCAGAGAACUUGGGCUAGCUAGCUGUGUUCUUUGGUUCACUCGGCAGAGUA